AUGAGCACCGAGGAGGGAGAGGCGAGGGGGGGCUCCGCCAUCACCCACUGCCACACCUGGGAGGAAGAAGCGAGCGCCCCACGAGGACGUCCGCAUCCCGGGGACGAGGACCAGGCGCAGCCGGCAGAGGAGCGAGAGGAGCGGGACGAAGGGGAGGACCGUCAGGAGGACUGUCACGAGGACCGGGGCUGCGGGGACACGUUUGCGGGCGACCCGCAGGAAUCGAACCGGGGGGACUUGUCCAGCGAGGAUGGGGCGGUGGGGGGAGCAGCGUGCAAGACGCAGGCGAUGCACUCGAGCUGCAGCAGUGACACGUGCAUCCCGACCCCCAGCUGCCGCAUCUGCUUCCAAGGAGCCGAGCAGGGCGACUUGUUGAACCUGUGCCGGUGUGACGGCUCGGUCCGGUACACACACCAGCACUGCCUGCUGAAGUGGAUCAGCGAGCGGGGGUGCUGGACCUGUGAGCUCUGCUGCUAUCGCUUCCACAUCAUCGCCAUCAACAUGAAGAGGCCGUGGCAGUGGCAGUCCAUCACCAUCACCCUGGUGGAGAAGGUGCAGAUCAUUGCCGUGUUCCUGGGUUCCCUCUUCCUGGUGGCCAGCAUCUCCUGGCUGCUGUGGUCGGCUCUCAGCCCGGCGGCCGUGUGGCAGCGCCGGGACGUCCUCUUCCAGAUCUGCUACGGCAUGUACGGCUUCAUGGACCUGGUCUGCGUGGGCCUGAUUGUCCAUGAGGGGGCAGCGGUGUACAGCGUCUUCAUGCGCUGGCGAGCCGUGAACCUCCACUGGGACGUCCAGAGUUACGACAAGGCAAAGGACAUGGAGGAGAUGAGCACGGGUCAUUCCUCAUUGGCCCCCAGGACGCUUUGGUUGCCCCUGGCCACCUUUGGGCCCGAUGGCCCGUUACACUCCACCCAGCUGGGGCCACAGCCGUGGACCUGCCCCUGCUGGGCCCCGUUCUGCCCCGGCCUCGUGCCCCGAAACAACCUCAGCCAGGACGGUGACUCCGGAGAGGUCGUCAUCCGAGUCACAUCGGUGUGA